GAAUAAAAUGAAAUAACUUGUUUCUUGGAAACGCAGAAAAAGAAAAAAAAAAAAAUUUCUUGCAAUUGAAGGUACCUUUUAAUCUUUGGGGGCAUCUCUCUCUCUCUUCUCCGUCUAAUCGAUAACCCACUUUCCCAACUUCCCUUGUCUGUUUGGGGGAAAGAGAGGAACCCUAGAAACAGAGGACUGUCUCUUACUUUAAUGGGUCGCGAAUCUAUGGCUGUUGUUGAGUCCUCGCCGCCGUCUGCGACUGCUCCGGGUGCCGCUGUGUCGGCGACUUCGCUUGCUCCUGGGUUUCGAUUUCAUCCUACUGACGAGGAGCUUGUGAGCUAUUACUUGAAGAGAAAGGUUCUGGGCAAACCAGUGCGGUUCGAUGCGAUUGGGGAGGUUGAUAUCUACAAGCACGAGCCUUGGGACUUAGCAGUGUUCUCGAGGCUGAAGACAAGGGACCAGGAAUGGUACUUCUACAGCGCGUUAGACAAGAAGUACGGUAACGGCGCUAGGAUGAACCGAGCUACUAACAAAGGCUACUGGAAAGCUACUGGCAAAGACAGAGAGAUUCGCCGUGACGUUCAGAUCCUCGGCAUGAAAAAGACUCUCGUUUUCCACAGCGGUCGUGCCCCGGACGGGCUCCGCACCAAUUGGGUUAUGCACGAGUAUCGCCUCGUGGACUAUGAAACUGAAAGCAAUGGAAACUUGGUGCAAGAUGCAUAUGUGUUGUGUAGAAUCUUUCACAAGAAUAACAUUGGGCCACCUAGUGGGAACCGGUACGCGCCAUUCAUGGAAGAGGAAUGGUCUGAUGAUAGAGUAGCUCUGAUUCCAGGAGUAGACGUUAGGGUCAGAGCAGAGCCAUUACCACUAGCCAAUGGAAACAACCAGAUGAACCAGGAAAUACAGCCAGAAAGCAAGGACCUCAUUAACAUCAACGAGCCACCAAGAGAGACUACAACCCAAAUGGAUAUCGAACUUAACCAUCAAGAGAAUAACAACAGUAACCGUAAUGAUGAAAUUGAGGAGGCACUCAAACGUGAGGAAACAGAAGAAGAUGAGCGUCUUCCUCCUCCUCCUCCUCCUGUAUGUGUUCUCAACAAAGAAGCUCCAUUACCUCUCCUCCAAUACAAACGCAGACGCCAAAACGAAUCAACCAGGACCACACAGGACCACUCUUCGUCCACAACAACAACCGUCGACAAUACACCAACCUUAGUCUCUAAUUCGACCGCUGCAGCUGCCACCAACACAGCCAUCUCUGCAUUGCUUGAGUUCUCUCUCAUGGGUAUCUCCGACAAGAAAGAAAACCCAAAACCUCUUCACAAGGAAGCUUCUCCUCCUCCUGCUCAACUUCCAUCUCCUGAAGAGAAGCUUAACGUUCUCAAGAAGGAGGUUCACCAGAUGUCUGUUGAGAGAGAGACAUUCAAGCUUGAGAUGAUGAGCGCAGAGGCUAUGAUCAGUAUUCUCCAGUCCAGGAUCGAUGCUCUGCGUCAGGAGAACGAUGAGCUCAAGAAGAACAGCGCCAAUGGACACUAAAUGCUCUAAAACCCCAUCUCUCCAGGCUACUUAUUAGCUGUGAUCUCCCUAAUAUUAUGAGCUAUCUAUGUAGCUUGUUCAGACAGACUGAGAAACUGUUGUAAAAUUAGGAUAAAUAAACUCUGUUUGUUAUGGGAUGUUUAUGCAUUAACAUUUUUGAUUUUUCA